GGUUCUGUAUCGCGUCAACGUGUACACCGGGCGAACAACACAGACGCGUUAUAUAGCUUCUUUACUUUCGUCAAAAAGUCGAAUUCGACUCUAUGGAAGUAGGAUGCAUAUCCGCGUGGUGUUUCUGACCUGCGCAAUAGUGGUUGCCGUGAGCAGUCACUGUGACUGCAAUUGUCCCUCGUGGUACCCGGGUUACGAUGAUUAUACCCUGGAUUUUCUAACACCAACAACCGAAAAACCGCCUCGCCCUUGGACGCUGGCAACGAGGCCCACGACCAAAAGGCCGCUUAGCACCACGACGUUAAGAACGAUACCCACCACCAACAAGCCUGUACAGGCGACGGUGGUUUCGAGGAUCACAACAGAAGGGAUGGACCUGACCACGAUACAGCAGAUACAAGUUAACGAGCUGUACUGCUUGGUGGUGCUGGACAACCUGGUAGCGAAACAAUGGCAGGAGGAGAUCGACAGAUUGUCCAUAAACGAUUUGGGAAAUUUUUCAACCGCGAUGGAGGUGCCGGUGUUCAAGGACCUCUACAGCAACCCGCAGUCCGAGUGGAUACAGGACGAGGGGAUGGCGCUGAACAAGCUCGACAAGUGCGUCAGAAAUCUAGUAAGCAAGGUUGCACCGAAGAUGGACCAAGACGAAAUAAGGUGUCUUAACAGAAUGUACCCUGACUACCUGGUGAAGGAGAACAAGACCGCGAUGGUUAUGAAAGCGUUCAUAAAGACAUCCUCGCGCGAACAGCUCCCCUUCAAAUCGUUCUACACUUACUACGAAUUGACCGAACUUCUAUUCGACAACAAGAACAUCGACGCUCUCGACGACGAAUUGCGAGCCAUACACGAGGACAUGACAGAUUUCUAUAUCAAGACCGAGGAGGAUAAAAACAUGAAGUUAUUCAUAGUCGAGCAGGAAUGCGAGUUCAGGAACGCGAGGGUACUGAGGGAAGUGGGGAACGAGAAUGCAAGGUACCAAAAAUUCGGGGAUCUGGUCAAGACUAACGUCAACACCUAUCUCGUUGCUGAAAUACUCCAUAAGUGGGUGCCUGGUGCGAUCAUUCCGGAAUACAGGUACAACUUGUGGAACAAGGCCAGAAGUCGUAUGGAGCAGAUGAUAUUGGACAAGAUAAAAGAGCUUCAGAGAGAGAAACGGGAUGCUCAAUCUCUUUGCACAUACGCGGCGGAAUUCGCGUACGAUUUCUUCGUAGAGCAGAAAGAUAUCAUAUUCGACAAGAUGCCGAACACUUCUCUGUCGUUUGAGCUCGAAGCGAGCAAGAAGUAUGCAUACAUUCUGGCACUGGAAAAGGUUCUGAAGGCGAAAAAUGACUACCGUCAAUCCGGGGUGCAGCCUAUAGUGGCCAACUACAAGGACGGCUCUUACUGCCUGACCAACUUUGUCCGGAUGAUAGAAAAUCACCAGCGUUACAUGAUGGCCAUGGCAUUCGUCGGCACCCAGCUGCCAUACGGAUACGCGUAUUGUAACGUCAAGGAAAUGUCGGCUGGUUUAGUCCAGCCGAGAUACUGCAAGUGUCAGGGCACGUUCUGUGAAGAAUUCGGAAUCGCCACUGUCAGGGCCGAACGGUUCCAGCUCAACCUGCUUCCAAACAACACUUACUCGGUAACAACAAACUCUUCCUACCGCAUACGACCCCUCGAUGAACUCAUCAACAGUGCCAACAGCAGAAUAGCUCACCAAAAAUUCAAUACUUGGUGGUACCGACACCAGAAGAACCCUCCAAAACUUAACAUAUAAACUAUGCGUAUUAAUACGUAUUAUUAAUUACGUACUGUACGUAAACUAUACGUAUUGCUUUCAACCAGAUCAUUGACAAAAUGUGAAUCCUUUUAGUUAUUAGGCAUAGUCGAACGGAAAGAAUUUGGUGAAAGCGACCAACGUCGAUGUGGAGUAUAAAAACUUUGUUAAUCAAUUUUAUGACAUUUCACACCUAGAUUAUCAUCAAUUUAACAAUUUACAAAUUUACUAUCGAUAUCGUAAAUAAAGUACAGUUUACAC